CAAACAUUCAUCUCUCGCGUCUUCCGUCGUAUCCUCCGUACUCACUUGCAACUCUCAUAAUAUAAGAGAGCGGUCUCGAUAUUCUGUCCGUAGUCCGAUCACGACCAACGCGCACCGAUGCCGCCUCGCCUGAACAAACGCCAGGCGCGUGAACAGGAGGAGCUGCAAGCUUUGGGGCUUGCAGAGCAGGAAGCCAGCAAUGAGGAAGUUAGCGAGGUUGAGGAGCCAGCUAUGAAACCUCAAAGCAGAGCGACGGGGUUCGCAGCGCUGCUCGAUCAAGAUGGUAAUGACCGGGAAGAAGAUGAGGAGGAGGAAGAGGAAGAGCAUAUGGAUCAGACGAAGCCUUCCAAGAAGAAGCAGUCGAAGAAGAAAAAGAAGAAAGCACCAGCCAGGACACCUGUGAUCGACGACGCUGAACCUUCUACGGAGUCGCCAGUCGGGUCGGCCGGAAAGUCUACACCGACUGCAGCAGGCAAGAAAUCGAAGGCGAAGCAGAAGUCAAAGGGCAAGGACAAGCCGGCCGAAGAUGACAUCGACAAAGCGCUCGCUGAACUCUCAGCCAAAACACCCUCCUCCACUGCUCAACCCCUAACGCGCACCUCGCACUCGACCCUCUCAUCUCUCCUCGCGCCGCACCUUGCCAUCUCACCACAACAUCUCGAUCCGACAGCUGAGCUGCGCAAAUUCUUCGGAUCGAAGGUUCUCUCAGCCGUCUCUGCCUCCUCAUCGGAUGCAUCAACAUCUCGUGCUGGCGCGCGCGGCAAACGCGGGGGCGGCGGACGCGAAACCGCUCUAAGGAGCGUGCUGACGCGGCCCCCUGCAAUCUGGGCGCGGUAUAAGCCGCGCGAAGGACUUAGUGUGAGGCCACUAGAUGGCGAGGAAGUUGGGAAGAAGACGGGUGGAGUGAAUGCGGGCGAGAGGUGGUAUACGGUGGAGUAUAGCAAAGGUUACAAGACUAAGACGAAGGCGUUCGUUGAUUCUGUUAUGAUGGGCGACCCUGAUGCGAUGUGGAUGAUAUACCGUGAUUUCCCUUGGCAGGCGGAUACAUUGCUGCAGCUAGCUGAGCUCCAACGACAUCGCGAAGACUUCGCAAGAGCUGUAGAACUCACCGAUCAGGCACUGUUUGCAUACGAACGCGCAUUCACGGGCCGCUUCUCCCUACUCAGCGGGUCGAAUCGACUAGACUUUGACUACGUCGAGAGCCGUCCGUUCUACCUCGCGCUACAUCGCCAAGCGUUCGACCUCGUCCGACGUGGCUGCCUCCGCACCGCAUUCGAAUUCACAAAGCUCUUGUGGAGCCUCGAUCCGUGGAGCGAUCCGCACGGUGCGCUUCUGCACCUCGACUUCCUUGCCGUACGCGCAAAUAUGGGCGACUGGCUCCUAGACGUAUACGAUGCGUAUGCGAGCAUGUAUGCAAAGUCGAAGGCGCAAGACAAGGAUAAGACGGACAGGGUGGAUCCAAGUGUGCUUCCCGGGUGGAUGUAUGCUCGUUCGUUGGCGAUCCGGGUAAGGGAAGGUGGGAAGGAGAACACGAAGGGCGGCGGCGGCGGCAGCGUAAGCAGCACGGAGGCGUUGCGGGAGGCUAUCAUCGCUUUCCCUAGUGUUGUGCCCGUGUUGGCGGACAAAGCCGACGUUUCGUUAUCGGGAGAGCUCCGUAGUCAUCCAGCGUUUCGGUUACACACGGACGAGAGUGGGCUUUCCUCUCCUCAAGCAGCCCUCCAUCUCUUAUCCCAUCUCUACGCCACACGCUCAGCAAACUUAUGGAAAGAACCAGAAGUCGCAUCCUGGUUCCGCGAAACCGCCAACUCGAUGCUCUCCAAAUUCACCGCCCGCACCAGCCCACAUGACACCUCCAACCCGACUCGGGCCCGCUUCCUCAAAAUCUACACCUCUCCACUGCUCAUCUCCUCGCUAUACCGCCACGUCCUCGUCCUGAGCAUGCAGUCCCUCCUGCCGUUCAUGCGCACCGCCCUGAACAGCCAAGCAUCCACGCACCUCGCCUGCGAUCCCCUACCGCCUCCGACGGCACGCACGACGUAUGACCAGUCGUUCUUCGCAGACGUCGCAGCCGCAGCCGCACGGGCCUCGCUCAGCACGGAUUACACCCGCCCCGCAACCCGUAGGGAAGAGCGGCUUCUAGAGCGCGCGAUGCCGGAUCGGAACAUGCGCGAGCAGCUGCUGGCGCUGUACGACCGCCAUCCACGUGAGAUCGGAGCGAUGUUCGGCGGGCGCCUGGGCUGGGUGCAGCGUGUCGCGGAUAUGGGCGAGGAGGGGAUGGGGCUGGUGGAUAUGAUUGUGGGUAUGGAGGAGCAGGGGUUUGCGGGUGGGAGAUUGGGUCUUGCUGGGAAUGUGCCGCCUGUUAUGGGGCAGAGGGGCAUGCCGGGUGGGUUUGAGAUGCCGUUGGAGAUUCCGGAGGAGGGGAUUGAGAUUCCUGUGAGGUUUGAGAUGGGGUCGGAUGAUGAGGACGGGGACGAGAGAGACGGCGCGGGAGUGGUAAGGGAAUAUGAAGGAGAGGUGGAGGAUGAGCCUACAGGACCCGUUGAUGAGGAUGAUUCAGAAGAUGAGGACGAGGAGCCUGUUGGAGCGCCUAUGCCGUUACGUGUGAUGCGGAACUUCCUCACGAGGCUAUGGGGUGGUGCACCACCACCAGAAGAUGAGGAUGAUGACGAGGAAGAUGAAGUCGAUGACGACCCUGGACACUAGGGCUAUCGCUUUCGCUUUCGCUGUCGUAACACACUUUUAGCAUCAAAUAUAUUCAUAAUCUUGCAUAUUCGUAUGAGGUAGGCAUACGUACCGUAGACUAAACAUGUG